AUGCAUUUCCGGAAGGCUUUCAUUGCUACGGCUCUUGCGGUUGCGCCAGUGUGGGCGGCCGGCAAGAGUGUUAAUGUUUACUGGGGUCAAAAUGGUAUCGAUACUUUGGAAAGCGCUUGCAACACCGACGGCUUCGAAUACAUCACCCUCGGCUUCAUCAACUCCUCGCCCGAGAAUGGCAAUGGAACUGGUUAUCCCGGAAGCAACUUUGGUGCUCACUGCUGGGCUGACGUGUAUUCGAACAACGGAAAGACAUCUCACCUGUACUCCGAGUGCAAGUCUAUUCAGACUGGAAUUUCAAAGUGCCAGGCCAACGGCAAGAAGGUUCUCCUCUCCAUUGGUGGAGUGUACAAUGCUACCACAAGCAACUAUGCCGUUUCCAACGCCGCUAAGGGCGUCGAAUUCGCCGACUUCAUGUGGAAUGCCUUUGGACCAUACAAUGCUUCAUGGACAGGCCCCAGACCCUUUGACGACACUGACUCGGGCACUAUCAACGUUGUUGACGGAUAUGACUUCGACAUCGAGUACGCCUUUGCCGAUGAGACUGGCUACGUUGCGAUGAUCAAUCGACUCCGAUCAAAGAUCACUGCCGCCAAGCGCAGCGACAUCAUUACGGGAGCCCCUCAGUGCCCCCUCAACGACCCUUAUGUUGAUAUGAAGUACAUGCUUCAGAAUGCCCAGUUUGAUCUGCUGUUCAUCCAGUUUUACAACAACCCAUCGUGCAACGCUGGCAACACCGACUUCACCUUGAACUCCGGAUUCAACUACGCCGCGUGGGAGGAUUUCUUGAAGACUACCCCUAACAAUGCCACGAAGCUUUUCAUCGGUCUUCCGGGUAGCAGCAGUGCCGCCGGCAGUGGAUACAUCACUUUAUCUGCCGCGAAGACUCUCCUGUGCCAGUACAAAGAUUACCCUCAAUUUGGUGGUGCCAUGAUUUGGGACCAGUACUAUGGUGAGCUUAACACGGGCUUGGACUUGAAAACUUACUAUGAGAGCAUUCAUGACAUCCUCAACGGUGGAUGUGGUGGCUCAUCAACGACCACAACUCGUGCGACUACCACAUCCUCGUCGUCCUCAGUCUGCACUACCGUGACCACUCCCGCCGCUGUUCAGUCUGGCAUUGCUACCAACUGUGUCAAGUUUUACAAGGUUCAGACAGGAGACUACUGCCAAGCUAUCGCCGAUGAAUUCAAGAUCUCCCUCGCCAACUUCUACGCAUGGAACCCGGCUGUUGGCAGCACCUGCGGCAAUCUCUGGGCUGACGAGUACUACUGCCUCAACUUCAUCACAUGCCACCACAACUUCGGUUUCUAG